AUGAUAAACAAGUCUAAUUUUUCCUCUCUUUUUCAUUCUUUUUUUCUCAUUUCAUUUUUCUCUUCUUCUUCAUUCUCUUUUUUCUUCUUCUUCUUCUCAUUCUCCAUUUCAUCUCAUUUUUUCUUCUCAUUUCUUCUUUUCUUCCAUUCUCUUCUCAUUUUGUCUUCUAAUUCUCUUCUUUUCUUACUCUCAUUUUUUCUCAUUUCUUCUCAUUUUUUUCAUUUUCUCUUCUCAUUUUUUCAUUUCUUCUUUUCGCCAUUCUCUUUCUCUUUUUACAUAAUUUUCCUCUUCUUCCUUUUCAUUUUCUUCUCAUUUUCUUCUUUUUUUUUUCUUCUCAUUUUCUUCUCUUUUUUUUCAUUUUCUUCUCAUCUUCUUCUUCAACAUUCACUUUUUUUUCAUUCUCUUCUCAUUUUCUUCUCAUUCUCUUCUCAUUCUCUUCUCAUUCUCUUCUCAUUUUCUUCUCAUUCUCUUCUCAUUCUCUUCUCAUUCUCUUCUCAUUCUCUUCUCAUUCUCUUCUCAUUUUCUUCUCAUUCUCUUCUCAUUUUCUUCUCAUUCUCUUCUCAUUUUCUUCUCAUUCUCUUCUCAUUUUCUUCUCAUUCUCUUCUCAUUUUCUUCUCAUUCUCUUCUCAUUUUCUUCUCAUUUUCUUCUCAUUCUCUUCUCAUUUUCUUCUCAUUCUCUUCUCAUUCUCUUCUCAUUUUCUUCUCAUUCUCUUCUCAUUUUCUCUUCCAUUUUCUCUCAUUUUCUUCUCAUUCAUUUCUUCUCAUUCUCUUCUCUCUUCUCAUUCUCUUCUCAUUUCUUCUCAUUUUCUUCUCAUUUUUCUUUCUCUUUUCAUUUUCUUUCUCUUCUCUUCUCAUUUUCUUUCAUUCUCUUUCAUUUUCUUCUCUUCUCUCAUUUUCUCUUUUCAUUUUCUUCUCAAUUUUCUUCUCAUUUGUUCCUCCUCAGUCUCAUUUUUUUCAUCUUCUUCAUUUUUCCAUUCUCUUUUUCUCCCUCGUUCUAUUUUUUCAUUCGUCUUCUUCUCUCAUUCUCUUUUUUUCUUCAUUCUCUUGUUCCUGUUCUUUUCAUCUUCAUCUUCUUCUUCGUUCUAUUUUUUUCUUCUUUAUCCUUUUUUUUUCAUCAUUCUGUUCUUUUCUUCUUCAUCGUCGUUUUUUUCUUCAUUAUCCUUCUUCUUUUCUCUUAUAAUUCAUGUGAUUCCUUUUAUCUUGUUUUUGAUUCUCUUCUUCUUUCUUUUUCUUCUUCAAAUUCUUCAUCUAUCUAUCUUAUUCUGCUCAUCUAAUUCUAUCUAUCUAACUCGUACUGUUCAUCUAAUUCUAUCUAUCUAUCUAUCUAUCUAUCUAUUUCUUACUGUUCAUCUAAUCUAUUUCUUACUGUUCAUCUAUCUAUCUAUCUAUCUAUCUAUCUAA